AUGGAAGCUACAACCACAACAGAAGCUGCAACCACAACUGAAACUGCUGCCACAACUUUAGCUGGAACCACAGGAGAAGAUACAACCACAACUGAAACUGCAACAAGAACAGAAACUGCAACCACGACAGAAGCUGCAACCACGACAGAAGCUGCAACCACAGGAGAAGAUACAACCACAACUGAAACUGCAACCAGAACAGAAACUGAAACCACGACAGAAGCUAAGCUGCUACCAGAACAGAAGCUAGAAGCUGCUACCACAACAGAAGCUGAUUCCACAACAGAAGCUACAACCACAACAGAAGCUGCUACAACAACUGAAACUUCAACUUCAACAGAAGCUGAUACAUCAACAGAAGCUGCAACCACAACUGAAGCUACUACUACAACAGAAACUGCAACCACAACAGAAGUUGUUACCACAACAGAAGCUACAACCACAACUGAAGCUUCAACUACAACAGAAGAAGCUGCACUUACAACUGAAGUUGCAACUACUACAGAAGCUGCAACUACAACAGUAGCGACCACCACAACAGAAGCGGUAACAACAGAAGCUGCAACAACAACGGAAGCUAAAACCACAACAGAAGCUGCAACCACAACUGAAACUGCUGCCACAACUUUAGCUGGAACCACAGGAGAAGAUACAACCACAACUGAAGCUGCAACCAGAAUAGAAACUGCAACCACGACAGAAGCUGCAACCACGACAGAAGCUGCAACCACAACAGAAACUGAAACCACAACAGAAACUGCUACCACAACAGAAGCUGCAACCACAACAGAAGAAGCUACCACAACAGAAGGUUCAACCACAACAGAAGGUGCAACCACAAAUGAAGCUGCAACCACAACAGAAAAAGCUGCAACUGCAACAGCUGCAACCACAAAUGAAAUUGCUUCCACAACUUUAGUUGGAACCACAGUAGAAGCUACAACCACAACUGAAGCUGCAACAAGAACAGAAAUUGGAACCACGACAGAAGCUGCUACUACAACAGAAGCUGCUACCACAGAAGAAGCUGCAACCACAACUGAAGCUUCAACGACAACAGAAACUGCAACUAUGACAGAAGCUGCAACUACAACAGAAACUGCAACUACAACAGAAGCUGAUACCACAAUCGAAGCUGCAAGCAAAACAGAAGCUGCAACCACAACAGAACCUUCUACCACAACAAAAGCUGCAACCACAACAGAAGCUGUAACCACAACAGAAACUACAACCACAACUGAAGAUGCAACUACAAUAGAAGCUGCAACCACAACUGAGGAUGCAACAACAACCGAAGCUAAAACUACAACUGAAGGAGCAACCACAACAGAAGCGGUAACAACAACGGAAACUGCAACAAGAACGGAAGCUGCAACAACAUUAGCUGCAACCACAACUGAAACAGCUACCACAACUGAAACAGCUGCCACAACUUUAGCUGCAACCACAGCAGAAGCUGCAACCACAACUGAAUCUUCAAUCAGAACAGAAACUGCAACCACGACAGAAGCUGCAACCACGACAGAAACUGCUACCACGACAGAAACUGCAACCACGACAGAACCUGCUACCACAACAGAAGCUCUGCAACCACAACAAGAAGCUGCUACCACAACAGAAGCUGAUUCCACAAUAGAAGCUACAACCACAAAAGAAGCUGCUACAACAACUGAAACUUCAACUUCAACAGAAGCUGAUACCUCAACAGAAGCUGCAACCACAACUGAAGCUACUACUACAACAGAAACUGCAACCACAACAGAAGCUGUUACCACAACAGAAGCUACAACAACAACUGAAGCUGCAACUACAACAGAAGAAGCUGCUACCACAACAGAAGCUGCAACUACAACAGCAGCUACCACCACAACAGAAGCGGUAACAACAGAAGCUGCAACAACAACGGAAGCUAAAACCACAACAGAAGCUGCAACCACAACUGAAACUGCUGCCACAACUUUAGCUGGAACCACAGGAGAAGAUACAACCACAACUGAAGCUGCAACCAGAACAGAAACUGCAACCACGACAGAAGCUGAAGCUACGUCCACAACAGAAGCUGCUACUACAAUAGAAGCUGCUACCACAACAGAAACUUCUACCACAACAGAAGCUCUAACCACAACAGAACCUGAAACCACAACAGAAGCUGCAACCACAACAGAAGAAGCUACCACAACAGAAGGUUCAACCACAACAGAAGCUGCUACCACAACAGAAGCUGCAACUGCAACAGCUGCAACCACAAAUGAAAUUGCUUCCACAACUUUAGUUGGAACCACAGUAGAAGCUACAACCACAACUGAAGCUGCAACAAGAACAGAAAUUGCAACCACGACAGAAGCUGCUACAACAACAGAACCUGAAACCACGACAGAUGCUGCUACAACAACAGAACCUGCAACGACAACAGAACCUGCAACCACAAUAGAAGCUGCAACCACAACAGAAGCUGCAACCACAACAGAAGUUACUACCACAACAGAAGCUGCAACCACAACAGAAACUGAAACCACAACAGAAACUGCUACCACAACAGAAGCUGCUACCACAACAGAAUCUGCAACCACAACAGAAGAAGCUACCUCAACAGAAGGUGCAACCACAAGAGAAGCUUCGACCACAACAGAAGCUGCUACUACAACAGAAGCUGCUACCACAGAAGAAGCUGCAACCACAACUGAAGCUUCAACGACAACAGAAACUGCAACUAUGACAGAAGCUGCAACUACAACAGAAACUGCAACUACAACAGAAGCUGAUACCACAAUUGAAGCUGCAAGCAAAACAGAAGCUGCAACCACAACAGAACCUGCUACCAUAACAAAAGCUGCAACCACAACAGAAGCUGAAACAGAAGCUGCAACUACAACAGAACUUGCAACCACAACAGAACCUUCUACCACAACAAAAGCUGCAACCACAACAGAAGCUGUAACCACAACAGAAACUACAACCACAACUGAAGAUGCAACUACAAUAGAAGCUGCAACCACAACUGAGGAUGCAACAACAACCGAAGCUAAAACUACAACUGAAGGAGCAACCACAACAGUAGCGGUAACAACAACAGAAACUGCAACAAGAACGGAAGCUUCAACAACAUUAGCUGCAACCACAACUGAAACAGCUACCACAACUGAAACAGCUGCCACAACUUUAGCUGCAACCACAGCAGAAGCUGCAACCACAACUGAAUCUUCAAUCAGAACAGAAACUGCAACCACGACAGAAGCUGCAACCACGACAGAAACUGCUACCACGACAGAAAAUGCAACCACGACAGAAACUGCAACCACGACAGAACCUGCAACCACAACAGAAGCUGCAACCACAACUGAAGCUGCAACCAGAACAGAAACUGCAACCACGACAGAAGCUGCUACAAGAACAGAACCUGAAACCACGACAGAAGCUGCUACAAGAACAGAACCUGCAACGACAAAAGAACCUGCAACGAGAACAGAAGCUAGAAGCUUUGACCACAACAGAAAAGCUGCAACCACAACAGAAACUGCAACUAUGACAGAAGCUUCAACUACAACAGCAACUGCAACUACAACAGAAGCUGAUACCACAAUCGAAGCUGCAAGCAAAACAGAAGCUGCAACCACAACAGAAGCUGCAACUACAAGAAAACCUGCUACCAUAACAAAAGCUGCAACCACAACAGAAGCUGAAACAGAAGCUGCAACUACAACAGAACUUGUAACCACAACAGAACCUUCUGGUACCACAACAGAAGCUGCACUUACAACUGAAGCUGCAACUACUACAGAAGCUGCUACCACAACAGAAGCUGCAACUACAACAGCAGCUACCACCACAACAGAAGCGGUAACAACAGAAGCUGCAACAACAACGGAAGCUAAAACCACAACAGAAGCUGCAACCACAACUGAAACUGCUGCCACAACUUUAGCUGGAACCACAGGAGAAGAUACAACCACAACUGAAGCUGCAACCAGAACAGAAACUGCAACCACGACAGAAGCUGUAACUACAACAGAAACUGCUACCACAACAGAAGCUGCUACCAAAACAGAACCUGCAACCACAACAGAAGCUGCAACCACAACAGAAGAAGCUACCACAACAGAAGGUGCAACCACAACAGAAGCUACGUCCACAACAGAAGCUGCUACUACAAUAGAAGCUGCUACCACAACAGAAACUUCUACCACAACAGAAGCUCUAACCACAACAGAACCUGAAACCACAACAGAAGCUGCAACCACAACAGAAGAAGCUACCACAACAGAAGGUUCAACCACAACAGAAGCUGCUACCACAACAGAAGCUGCAACUGCAACAGCUGCAACCACAAAUGAAAUUGCUUCCACAACUUUAGUUGGAACCACAGUAGAAGCUACAACCACAACUGAAGCUGCAACAAGAACAGAAAUUGCAACCACGACAGAAGCUGCUACAACAACAGAACCUGAAACCACGACAGAUGCUGCUACAACAACAGAACCUGCAACGACAACAGAACCUGCAACCACAAUAGAAGCUGCAACCACAACAGAAGCUGCAACCACAACAGAAGUUACUACCACAACAGAAGCUGCAACCACAACAGAAACUGAAACCACAACAGAAACUGCUACCACAACAGAAGCUGCUACCACAACAGAAUCUGCAACCACAACAGAAGAAGCUACCUCAACAGAAGGUGCAACCACAAGAGAAGCUUCGACCACAACAGAAGCUGCUACUACAACAGAAGCUGCUACCACAGAAGAAGCUGCAACCACAACUGAAGCUUCAACGACAACAGAAACUGCAACUAUGACAGAAGCUGCAACUACAACAGAAACUGCAACUACAACAGAAGCUGAUACCACAAUUGAAGCUGCAAGCAAAACAGAAGCUGCAACCACAACAGAACCUGCUACCAUAACAAAAGCUGCAACCACAACAGAAGCUGAAACAGAAGCUGCAACUACAACAGAACUUGCAACCACAACAGAACCUUCUACCACAACAAAAGCUGCAACCACAACAGAAGCUGUAACCACAACAGAAACUACAACCACAACUGAAGAUGCAACUACAAUAGAAGCUGCAACCACAACUGAGGAUGCAACAACAACCGAAGCUAAAACUACAACUGAAGGAGCAACCACAACAGUAGCGGUAACAACAACAGAAACUGCAACAAGAACGGAAGCUUCAACAACAUUAGCUGCAACCACAACUGAAACAGCUACCACAACUGAAACAGCUGCCACAACUUUAGCUGCAACCACAGCAGAAGCUGCAACCACAACUGAAUCUUCAAUCAGAACAGAAACUGCAACCACGACAGAAGCUGCAACCACGACAGAAACUGCUACCACGACAGAAAAUGCAACCACGACAGAAACUGCAACCACGACAGAACCUGCAACCACAACAGAAGCUGCAACCACAACUGAAGCUGCAACCAGAACAGAAACUGCAACCACGACAGAAGCUGCUACAAGAACAGAACCUGAAACCACGACAGAAGCUGCUACAAGAACAGAACCUGCAACGACAAAAGAACCUGCAACGAGAACAGAAGCUAAGAAGCUGCAACCACAACUGAAGCUUCAACGAGAAGAGAAACUGCAACCAUCACAGAAGCUGCAACCACGAUAG